AUGGGGAGGAGUUCUGGAGAAAAAGUAGAUUCUGGAGGAAGUUUCGGAUGGUCCCAACAGUCCCCAUUAAUGCUUCCACCUUCAUCAAACCAAGACCCCUGGGAUGAACCACCUCAAAACCUAGUGGGCUACAUUCCAAGGGUUGUCAGACCUGCUUCUCCAGGAAUUCCUUUGACAUAUUCUUAUGGAGGAGGAGCACCCAUGAGCGGGGUUGUGUACUCCAAGGAUGCCCAAAAAUUUAGGCACGAAGGAGCUGAUGACGAUGAAUUCGACGAUAAUGCAGCUGCUGACAACUAUGGACUUUUGGAAAGAUCAGCUUCAGAAAAGGACUGGAGGAAUUCUGCGAAACCUGGAUACAAGAAAUCCGCUUCGUCCGAAGAAUUCGAACUUCCGUACGAACUACCAUCAGACAUCGAUGCCUAUUCACCGAGAGUCGACCCUUUCUUGCCAACACCCAUGGAUUUCCGUAGCAAAUCUCUCGCAGGAUCAGAACUCCUGAAAAACCCGAUGCCGAAGGGCAGCAAAUCCUUGAACUGCUACAAAUGCGGGUACGCGUGCAACUCGAGGAUCGGAGUGCCUGUGAUUUGCAACAGUCCUUUGGAGCAAUGUGCGACUUUCUAUGACCCACAAACACUAGACGUGACUGCGAGAGGCUGCAAAAUCAACGGUGAACCAGGCUGCUUUUUAACUGAAGAUGGUGUUUAUGGUUGUACUUGUAAAUCCCAGCUUUGCAAUGACUUCAAAAUGUACAAGGUAACUGGGAGAAUUUUCAAUGAACUGUUCGAGCCGUCUUCCAAGGGUGGCAAAAAAAGAGUGGACCAGGAAACCUGUGACCCUUGCACCAAGGGUUGCAACAAACCCUGCCCACCCCCAGUUGUGCCAACUCCCCCGGGCCCAGAAACCUGCUGCAAGGCGAAAGCAAACAAGAAGAAACCCGAUAAGCCCGGCAUUUGUUGUCCCCCAGAGACGAAAAAGCGUCCCACUCAGUGCUGUUAUCUGGACAAUUUGCCAAAAAAGUACCGAGUCAAAUACGCGCACCUAAUCAGGGAAGCAGCUGGUUAUUCAUCUGCGAAUCCCGUGUGUCAAAGUUCGAAAAGUUUCCUCGCUGCUGCUUCUGCUGCUGCUGCUGCUUUUGGUCUACUGGCAUUUGCUUGAAUCCUACAGUGAUUUAUUGAAUUAAAACACCCAUUUUUGUUUUGUGUCUUAAUUAACGUUUUUUUUUUACCAUACACGCACAGGGGGAAUAAUAAAUGUGAAACUUUCAGUUCA